AUUCAUACAAGUCCUUCGGUUGAUCUCGCCCCGAUUCCUUCUUUUUGACCUUGCCUGUCUCUACAGGUGUUACUGUUGCUCUUUGAGUCAUCAGUGUUACCAACCAUUGCAUGGCAUCUGGGUACCUGGUUCUGGUUAGAUCACCCUCGUAUCCCUAACAGCCGUAGCCAUUGCCUGCUGGCACUUGGUUGAUACCACCCAUAUUCUAUUUAUUCCAAACUCACUGAAUUGCAUGGCCUAGUGUGCCUUGUUCGGCACCAUUCCCUGGCCCAAACUCACCUAAUCAACUAGAAUAUAUAUCAGUUAGAGAUAAAGCUAUACAUACGCCAGCUGCUCCCUGUGUUCAAAAGGAGAAAAGGGUUUCUUACCUUUGGCCUUCCCGGCCUCCAGCUCAGCCAUAAUGUGGCUUAUCUAAAGGUCUGAUAGGUGGGGCACCUAGCUCUACCCAGCUUUCCAGCUCCUUUCAAUUCCCUUGUUAUAGCUUCCUCAGACACAGUGGCCAGGAAUUGCACAGAGAUCUUACAAAGGGGAUUCUCACAACCUCCAUUUCUGUUGGUCCAGGCACAACGCCCAGCGUAUUUAAGACAAUCACAAGAGCUGUGGUCCAGGAGUUGGAUGCUGGAGGCGAUAUGAUUGAAGUCAGAAGCGUCCUUGAUGCUGACAAGUUUCAUUGUUUCUGUCUGGGGAUGGGGAUGAAUACACGCCUUUACUACAGAACAGCCCUCACCCUGGAGGACAUACUGGAGAGUGACGAGGGUGAAGGGCAGUGUGAUGAGCUGGAUUCUGGGCUUCCCGGUCAUUAUGAGGUUCAAAGGCUGCGUUCCAAGCUGUGGCUGUGGUAGACUCAACAGGGGAGUCGACAGUGAAAUUACGCAGGGGAAUUAGUCGAAGGGGCCUUCCAAGAGUCCCACAAGCAUAAUAUCACGAUGUUGUGGCCCAGGAUAUCCAGCCAUAUCUGGAUUCCCUCCAGGACAGAGGAAGAUGGUGGUUCAUCUUGUUUAGGAAAGUCUUUGAACUUGGAGGAUUUAAGAAACAUGAAGGAGAAGGUGCAGGACACAGUGAGUGGUCUCCGGGAUCUGACUGAAGAGGAGCGAGAAGAUGUGCUAAGCGACCUCACUCAGUGCCUCACCACAGACGAGGAGCUGAAGGAUCUAGAUGAAAAAGUGUCUAAAGUCCUGACCUCCGAUGAGCUGUAGAUGGAGGGCACAGCAGGUCCUCUCCUGAGUAGCCUUUUUAAUGCUGCUGGCCUCUUGGUUGAGGCACGCGUAGAAGCCAUUCUGGAGUUCCUGGAAGCCUUGAAGGAGCUGUCUGAGGAGAAGGAGCUUAUGGCUGAGACCCUAAAGAAGGGGACCCUGCCCCUGAUGAAGGACCAGGUGGAGUCUGUCCUGGAGCAGAGCUGGGGUGAGCAGCCCUGUGAUGUGGGCUGUGCCCUUGAGACGCUCUAUGCCCUCUAUGUUGCUGUCUCCAUCCUGCUGCAGCUGAGUGAGAAGCCUGCCUCUGUGCCUUCCUGUUCGCUCUUUGUUUUUUGUUUUUUUCAAUCCUCACCCGAGAAUAUUUUUUCCAUUACUUUCUAGAGAGAGCAGAAGGGAGGGAGUAGGUGAGGAGAGAGAGACAAACAUCAACGUGAGAGACACAUUGAUUGAUUGCCUCCUGCAUGUGCCCCUAAGGGGACUGGGGAACCUGCAACCAAGGUAUAUGCCCUUGAUCAGGAAUCGAACCCAAGACCCUUUGGUCUGCAGGCUGAUGCUGUAACCAUUGAGUGAACUUAGCUUUUUAACCAUUCUCCCCACACACCUCUGGGUGCUCCCCUCCCAGUCCAUCCUCACCCCCACACCUUCCCCAAGUCACCAGAAUGAGGUCUUUAGAACAAGCACCUGGCUCUUCUUCAAUACAUCCCGUUCCCCACAUGAUAAUGUACAAACCCAGACUGGAUUGUAUGCAUAGAAUUCUGAUUAAAAGUGGAAGAUUGAUCAUAUUUAUUUCCUCUCCUUCUUGAAACUUCACUUAAUGACAGUAAAGCAAUAGAAAAGACAUAAACCCACAAGAAUAAAAGGAGUGAGGCAGCAGGUAAGGGAUUUCAACACAUCUUUGGAAGCUAGAAAGUCAUUAAAGGAGUGCAAGCCGGGAGGUGCAGGGCUGAGGGGUGCCUUUUAGUUCUAUUUAAUAUUUUUUAAGACAAUGUAAUUAAAAGUAAAAGACAUAUGCUUGUUAUAAAGGAUUUCAAAUAUUUCUCAAAGUCAAAGUUGAUCCUCUUUUCCAUCUAAUAUACAACCACUAUUCACAUUUUGGGGUAUGUUAACAUUUUUCCUGUGCAACAGCUUUUAAAAUGGUAAUUUAAACAUGAAGCUAGCCCUAGCCGGAUUGGCUCAGUGGAUACAGCGUCAGCCUGCAGACUGAGAGGUCUCGGGUUUGAUUCUGGUCAAGGGCACAUGCCUAGGUUGUGGACUUGAUCCCCAGUUAGGAGGCGUGCAGGAGGCAGCCGAUCAAUGAUUCUCUCUCAUCAUUGAUGUUUCUAUCUCUCCCUCUCCCUUCCUCUCUGAAAUCCAUAAAAAUAUAUUUAAAAAAUAAAUUAAAAAAAUAAACAUGAAGCUAGGGUGAUAUAACAUAGAUUUAUUUUGUAUCUUUUGAACUAGAGUUAUUUUUUCUUUUAAGUUUGUAAAAAUAUUAUAUGCAACAGGAAUUCUCAUAAGUGCUGUUGGGAGUAUAUAUUGGUCAACCACUUUGGAAGACUAACAGUAUCUACCAAAACUAAACAUAUGCCUAUGACCCAGCAACUCCACUUCCAAGGUAUAUACCCAAGAGAAAUGAGUGUGCAUAUUCACCAAAAGACACGCAUAUACAAAAACGUUAAUAUAAGAGGCAAGCUAAAAACUCUUCAAAUGUCCAAUAACAUUAGGAUGGAUACAUAUAUUGUGCUAUAUUUAUACAAUAAAAAAGAACAAAUUACUACUAUACAUAACAACAUGGACUCUCACAGACAUAAUGCUGAGCAAAUGAAAGAACAUUGGUUUUUUAAAUUUAUUGAUUUUAGAGAAAGGAAGAGAGAGAGAGAGAGAGAGAGAGAGAGAGAGAGAGAGAGAGAGAGAGAGAGAAACAUCCAUUUGUACUUCCACUUAUUUAUGCAUUCAUUGGUUGUUUCUUGUAUGUGCUCUGACCUGGGAUCGAACCCACAACCUUGGCUUAUCAGGACAAUGCUUUAACCAACUGAGUUAGGCCAGGGCAAAACACUCAAAAAGCAUGUACUUACUGACAAGAUAUAGAAGCUCAAGCCAAAAUAUAAGUGAAAAGGAGACCUAGGAGAUAAAUGAAGUAUCAGAACACUAAUACAAUUUUACCCCAGGUAAAGGGGGUUGAGAUCUGCAAAUCUGAGUAAGUUGGGGCUUCAGUUUGGCCAGCCUUGUAGUCCUGAAGUCAAGGCCAAGGACCCAUCCAAGAGGGGAGUCUAAUAAAAGCAGACAUUCUCCGUAUUAAACUGGAAUCUCAUUACGGUAAGGGUGAACUAUCAGUAAACCCACAGCCCUGGUCUCACCUGCAGGAAACUGUGGGGAAGAUUUUUGGGAUUGAGUGAAGAAGAGGUUUAUAAAAAAAGACAAAAGUUCUGAAAUAUUGUGGCCGUAGGCUAGUCCUUUCACAGAACUUAGCCUGCAUUUUCAUCAUCUGGGUGUUUCAGAGUAUCUCAAAUUGCAGACUUAGUUUAUGAGGGAACAGGAUUGGUUGUGUACCCAGAUACCUGUCAGAACUAAACACCAAUCUUUUCUGGAGGAAGUUAUUUUCAUUUCCACAGAAAACAUUUAAAGGGACAAGAGUGGUUCCCAGUAAAAAAUAACAAAGCAUACAAGGAAAUGUAAGAAUAAGCAGAAACAACAAACAGCUCAGACAUAGAUCCUCAUGCAUAAACAGACACUUGAUAUAUGGGAGAAGUAUCAUUACAGAUUAGUGGGCAAAGGCUAGACUUUUCCUUUAUUUUUUUUACUAGCAUUGCAGGAAAUGUUAAAGGGAGUGCUUUAAGAAGAAAUUGAGAGAGAGAGGAACAUAUGUCAAGGCUAGACUUUUCAAUAAAUGGUCCAGGACAAUUGGGUAACCACAUGGAUAAAAAAUGAAAUUUGAUUCCUACCACCCAGCAUAUCUAAAAAUUCCAGGUAUAUUUCAGACCUAAAUGUGAAAGGCAAAAUUAUAACUAUAUUAACAUUAAAGACUUUUGUUCAAUCAAAGAUAUAAAGAAGUGCCCUAGCUGGUUUCACUUAGUGGAUAGAGCAUCAGCCUGCAGACAAAAAAAAAGAACUGUUUGCUUCUAAAUACAAAAAUAAUAUAUAUGCCUUUAUAUUGUAUAAGUGAUUUCAAGCAAAUUAAUAUAUGGAAAGUACAAAGUUUUUAUUGUAUUAUACUUUGCUACUCUUCUUGACCUUAAUAUAGUCUUAGGCACAGAGCAACAGAUUCAGUUUGUAAACAAAACAUUUCAUUAAAAAUCAUCCACUAAAUACACAUUCCUUUGUACAAUGGAGAUAUUAGAUUAAAUGCCUUCUUAGAAAUGCCAUGUCAACUAUCUUUUUUUUCUUUUUUAGUUUCUAAAAUGUAUGUUUUCCAACGUUUUGGUCUCAUUGAACUUUCUUAAUGGAACUAUGAUGCUCUGGGAUGUGAACAAAUCUUAUGUCCCCCACUUCCACAAGCAAGUAGCAAUGCUUUCACCUCUAGUCUUCAUAUUGCAAUUUUCGUUUGAAGUUUAUGGACAAAAUUUAGCUCCGUAGGCAAGGAUGGAAAUGCAAGUGUGACAAGUAACAUCAGCAGCAGGACUAAAAGUCCCAGGACUACAAACCACUGCAGAGGAAAACACAUGGAGUAGAUUAUUAUAAUUUCAAAUAGAGGUAUUUUAUACCAAUAGUAUAAAGCUGCCUUUAAUAACACAUCAUUUCUAAACCUAUGAUAUAUUGAGUAAUGUUCUGUCAAGUAAGUUAUAGAGAAUAUUUACGAAUUUCAAACAUUGUAAUUUAAUAAUUUUAAAGGCAGGAGAAAGUUAGAAUCCCAUCUUUCCCAUUAGUAUCAGCAUUUUAUAGUAUCUUCUGCAGUGCCCCAUUUAUGAGUUCCUAUGCCUAAUUCUCUAGUUCCUAAUUCCAAUUCUGUUUUCUAGGUAGGACCAUUCUGUGUUCCUUCACAGUAUAGUAGCUUAAGUCAGAACACUAUAGAAAUGUCCUGUAAUAUAAAGGAGUAUAUUAGGAAGAAUUAAUACAGAUGAAGAUAAUUAUAUUUAGAAAUUUGGUCUUUGAAUUUUUACUUUUCUUUGGUUAAAUAUGACUUUUUUUGUAAGAGGAUUGCUAUAAAGAUUCAAUUCAAUUAUCCUAAGUGAAUUAUUAAUUUGUUCUUCUGACUAAGUACCCUAAAUAGUUAUAUAUAUAUAUAUAUAAUAUAAUUUUUAUUACAUUUAUUGGAGUUGGUUAAUAAAAUUAUAUAGGUUUCAGGUAUACAAUUCUAUAAUACAUCAUCUGUAGAUAUUUAUUAUAAUUACCGCAACAGGUAGCACAAUUACUGUGUAGACCUUCAUUUUUCCCAAAGCCUGGACGACAGCUAUCCAUACGUGCCAUUUGAAAACUGUGGUCUAUAAAAUGCAUAGCUGGUAGAGUUUUAUUAUAGCCAUGGUAGAAAAUAAAUGCUUGGCUUCGGAAAAAUUCUGCUAUUCGAUCUCUUGCCUAUAUUUUAAAAUAGCAGUGAAAAAUACAAUGACUAAACUGUGAAGCAAUUUCUCCUCCUGCAUCAGAGGCAAUGAAACGUACUAUCAGCACACUCACGCCAUCCAUGUUUUACACAAAAGAUGAAUUCCUGAAAAGUUAUGUUAAUACUAAAAUUAGCCUUGACCUUAUCAACUAUUAUCAAUUCAUAUGUAAACUGGUUAAGAAAA